AUGUUAAUGAUGCUUCCUGGUCUUAAUAGAGAGGGAGAGAUGUCGGCUAUGAUCUCUGCUUUAACACAUGUCAUAUGUGGUGAUGGUGGCGAUGAUGAGAAUCGGAAUAUGAAUCAUGACAUGGAGCCUUUCGUUUCUGCGAUAGAAUCUUCAACUUCUUUGUCUUAUGGUGAUAGUUCUGCUCUCAAGAGAAGAAGGGAAGAUGGUGGAUUGUUUGACAAUAAGCAUCAAGUUGUAGAAUGUUCCAGCAAAUGGAUGAAUACGAUAACAACGGAAAGGAACCAAAGUGAAGAAACUAUAUAUGAAUACCGAACAGACAAUAACAAUGUGCCAAAUGAAGAUGAACCAAAAAGAAAAUACAGAGGAGUGAGACAGAGGCCAUGGGGAAAAUGGGCUGCUGAGAUAAGAGAUCCUUUCAAGGCUACAAGAGUUUGGUUAGGAACAUUUGAAACAGCUGAAGAUGCAGCCAAAGCGUAUGAUCAAGCUUCAUUGCGGUUUAGAGGAAACAAAGCUAAACUCAACUUCCCUGAAAAUGUUACACUCAAGCAACAACCUAUUGUUGAUCCACCAACGACUCAUACACAUUCUAAUAGUGUCAUUUUGCCACAUCAUUCUCGUACUGAUUCUAUGGUUCAGAAUGAAGCUCUUUAUAAUUUGCAAGGUUCAAACAAGUUUUAUGAUUAUUUUCAUGGUCAGAAUAUUCCCAUGGCUUCUUCUCUUCAGAGUUCGAUGUCGCCAUCAGCUUCAUAUUCUUCUUCUUCUUUUAGUUCUCCACAGACAACUUCUUCUUUUAGUUCUCCACAGACAACUUCUUCAAUUCCUUCUGUUUAUUCUACUCAGUUGCCAGCAUGGUCUUCUGGUUAA